CAUCUCUCCCUCUUCGUCUUGGCUUAAGCUUACUCUUUCUUCCCGUUCAUUUCAAAUGGCACAAAUGUAUUCUUCAGUGAAACCCACGCCAAUGCUGAAAGAUGAGCUAGACAUCGUGAUACCAACGAUUCGAAACCUAGAUUUCCUUGAGAUGUGGCGACCGUUCUUUGAACACUACCAUCUGAUCAUCAUUCAAGAUGGUGAUCCUUCAAAAACCAUCAACAUUCCUGAAGGUUUUGACUACGAGCUCUACAACAGGAACGACAUCAAUCGAAUCUUGGGUCCCAAGGCUUCUUGCAUUUCCUUCAAGGACUCUGCUUGUCGUUGCUUUGGUUACAUGGUCUCCAAGAAGAAGUACAUCUACACCAUUGAUGAUGAUUGCUUUGUUGCAAAGGAUCCAUCUGGAAAAGAGAUCAAUGCACUUGAGCAGCAUAUCAAGAACCUUUUAUCUCCAUCAACUCCACAUUUCUUUAACACACUUUAUGAUCCAUACGGAGAUGGGGCAGACUUUGUUCGUGGAUACCCUUUUAGUAUGCGCGAAGGUGCCACAACCGCGGUUUCUCAUGGCCUCUGGCUCAACAUUCCUGACUAUGAUGCUCCCACUCAGCUUGUGAAACCUCUUGAAAGAAAUUCCAGGUAUGUUGAUGCAGUCAUGACCAUUCCCAAAGGAACCCUUUUCCCUAUGUGCGGUAUGAACCUAGCUUUUGAUCGGGAGCUGAUUGGUCCGGCUAUGUAUUUUGGACUUAUGGGUGAUGGGCAGCCAAUCGGACGCUACGACGACAUGUGGGCUGGUUGGUGUGUCAAGGUGAUAUGUGACCACAUGGGGUGGGGAGUGAAGACGGGUUUGCCUUACAUAUGGCACAGCAAAGCUAGUAACCCAUUCGUGAACCUGAGAAAGGAAUACAAUGGAAUCUUCUGGCAAGAAGAGGCGAUACCGUUCUUUCAAUCUGUGACUCUUCCUAAAGAAUGCACUUCGGUGCAGCAAUGCUACAUCGAGCUGGCUAAGCUCGUGAAAGAGAGACUCGGGAAGGUGGAUCCUUACUUCAUCAAACUUGCAGAUGGAAUGGUCACUUGGAUCGAAGCUUGGGAGGAGCUUAACUCUCCUCAUGGAACUGAGGCCAGGGCACCAAACAGUGGCAAAAUUUAGUAAAAAAAGAGAAGGCCACUCCGAAUAAAAGCAAAUGGUAUUGUUACUAGAUGAUGAGGGUUUUUGUGAGUCACAUGUGUAAACCCUCUCUCUUUUUCUUAAUUAUUGUUGCAAUCGCUAUUGUUAAUUAGUAUUACUUGUCAUCAGUAUUUGUGUUCUCAGGCCAUUUGUCAGCAAAAACAUUGGUGUGAUGUAUGGUUUCUAUCUAUGAAUUUUCUAUCUAUGAAUUUUCUAUCAUUCCUAUUUUCCUUAGGUUUCAAAUGUGUCA